CUAAAUUUUAAUAUUUACUUUUUCAGUUUUUUUAUGCUCGCGUCCAAAAUGCAUAUAAAUAGUCUUACUUUCAAAGAAGAUCUUUCCUUAAUUUCUACAUGAGCAAUAACAUCAUCAAACCACUCUCAACAAGCUCACCACCAUACAUCAAUCUCCUUAAAUCAUGCACAUCUGCUCUCCAACUCAAAAAAGUCCACGCCCAACUCAUCACCAAUGGCCUCUCUCGUUUCUCUUUCGUCUCCAGCACUCUCUUCGCUCACUACGCCUUGUCUAACUUCACUUAUGCACAAAAGCUCUUUACUCAAAUUCACAAACCAACGAUCUUUGAUUACAAUAAUAUGAUAAUGGGCCACUCUAAAACCUCAAAUCUUGAAAUGGGUGUCUCGGUUUAUGCCCAAAUGAGGAGUCUUGGAAUUAGCCCAAAUGCUCGCACUUUCCCGUUAUUGGCCAAGGCUUGUGAAAAUGUACAUUCAUUAGGUCAAAUUUAUGGCCAAGCUGUGAAAUUUGGGCUUUGUGGGGAUGUUUAUGUUGUGAGUUCGUUUAUUCAUAUGUAUGCUUUGAUUGGUGAAGUUGGAUUAGCGGUUAGAGUGUUUGAUGGGAGUUUGGAUAGGAAUGUAGUUUGUUAUACUAGUUUGAUUUCGGGGUUUUGUCGAAAUGGGUAUGUGGAUUGUGCUCGGGAGGUGUUUGAUGGAAUGACGGAGAGGAAUGAUGUUUGUUGUAGUGCAAUGGUUUCGGGGUACAUUUCGAAUGAGAAGUAUAGUGAGGGGAUUGGGUUGUUUUGUGAGUUGAGGGAAUGUGGUAAUGUGAGGUUUAAUAAGUCGAUUUUGAUGAGCGUGCUUAGCGCUUGUGCAGCUGUUGGUACGUAUGAGGAAGGGGUGAGGGUUCAUUGUUAUGUACGGGAGAAUUAUUGUGAGUAUGAACUUGAACUUGGAACUGCGCUGAUAGAUUUUUAUGCCAAGUGUGGGAAUGUGGAAGUUGCGGUGGCGAUAUUUAAGAAGAUGAGUUGUAGAGAUGUAACUACUUGGACUUCGAUGAUUUUGGGUUUAGCGUUAAAUGGUAAGAAUGAUAUGGCCCUUGAUCUUUUUAGAGAGAUGGAGAGGAUAGGACCUAAGCCAAAUGCUGUAACAUUUAUUGGGAUUCUUUCUGCAUGUAAUCAGAAAACUCCAUUGACUGAUGCAUGGCGAUUGUUUGGUCGUAUGUGCAAAGUUUAUGGCAUUGCACCUUUAAUUGAACAUUAUGGAUGCAUGGUUGAUCUACUAGCCCGUGCGGGCCAGAUUAAGAAAGCGGAGAUAUUGAUUAAAAGUAUGCCGAUGGAACCAGAUGGAGUCAUAUGGGGGUCUUUCCUGAAUGGUUGUCUAAUACAUGGCAACACUGAGUUGGGUUUAAAUGCAGGAAAGCAUGUGAUUGAGUUAGAACCUCAGCAUAGUGGGAGGUAUGUGCUAUUGGCAAACAUGUAUGCCACUUUGGGCAACUGGGAAAGUGUGACACGAUUAAGGAAGAUGAUGAAAGUUAAACAAGUUGUUUCAAAACCCGGAUGGAGUUCCAUUGAAAUUGAUGGAAUCACAAACAGAUUUACAGUUGAUGAUAAGUCUCAUUCCCAUGCAAAAGAUAUCUACCAACUCUUAUCACUACUGACUAGGGACUUGGUGUCAUCAAAUCUUGAAUCAGUCGAUCCAGAUUAAGUGAUGAUAUUGAUUGCUAAAAAUUGAUUCUACUCAAUCUUCCAGCUUCCAGGCUUAAGGUCAGUCAGACCAUAUUCUGUUUUUUAUAUUCAAAUCAGUUAUACCCUUCGUAUGAGCAAACUACACUAA